UUCCCCAAUCUUCUCAUAUAUACCUUUUCCGAUUCCUCAAUCUUCAAAUCUCUAUAUACAUAUCCUUUCCCAUUGUCCCAAGCAAACCCAUCUCUCCUCUCCCAUUUCUUCCUCAGAAAUCUCUCCACCGGCACCCAAAAUGGAAGGGAACAACUCCUACGGCACAUCCUGGGCCGAUCAGUGGGACUACAACCCAGACCCAGCCCCUCAGACCAAGAAGAACAACCGCAGCAGCGGCGGCGGCAGUUCGACUGCCAAAUACAAACAGAAGGUCGGAGAAGGGCUGGAGAAGACCAAGGCGGUGGCUUCAACGGGCUUGAAGAAAGUCAAGGAAGGGACCUCCGUGGGUUUUCAUUGGAUCAAAGACAAGUAUCAAAAAACCACCCAGAAACAUUAGGAAUUUUCAAAUCCCCUCAUUUCUUUAGAUCUCACAUGACUAUAUAUUGAUAUUGAUAUUCCCCUAUUCUAUUUUCUCAUUUCCCUGAUGAUUCAUUUGUUAAUAUUUAGAUUAUCUCAGAUCUGUAUGAUUCCGUUAUAUUUAUUCAGAUUUUUAUUAUAGUUUUUAACUUUUUGUUCAUCUAAUAAAUUCUCUGUUUGUUU